AUGUUCGCGCCUCUCUCUCGCUAUAUUCUCCCUGAAAGCUUCACUCUUUCUCUAUCUUUUCUACUCUCUCUAUCUGUUUGUUUCUAUCUAUGCAUUUCACCGUGUUUCUCUCUGCCUUCUUUCUCUUCCUUUGUCGCACACUUUAUCACUUGUAUUAGAUCUCUUCACCUCUCUCCAUCUCUUUACUUUUCUUUCUCUUUAGGCCGAUUUCAGUUUUGUUACUCUCUCUCUCUCUCUCUAUCUAUCUAUCUAUCUAUCUAUCUAUCUAUCUAUCUAUCUAUCUAUCUAUCUAUCUAUCUGUCUCUGCCUCUUUUGAUUUUACUUGUCACUUUUGUUCUCUACUCCCCUUCUACUCAACGUAUUUGUCUGUCUCUCUGUGUGUUUUGCUCUUUCUAUUUUCUCUUCUCUUUGGGAUGUCCCUUCAUUUCUUCCCUUCUCUUUCAUUCACUUUCAUUUCCUUUCUCUUUCCAUUACGCUUUCGUCCAUUCUUUCGUUCUUUAUUUUUUUUUCGUCACUCACUCUUUCUUUAACGUCGUUUCUACAUCUACUUCCCGCGUAUUUUCCUUUAUUUUUCUCUCGCUCCCUUUCUCCCUAUCAAUCUAUGUCAUGUUUUAA